UAUGCUAUGAAACCUCCAGUCUCAUUACCUCCCACCCCUCAUUAGUGCUCUUUCCUUCCUCACCAUAAUGUCCACCACCCUGCGUGCUGUCAUUGUGGCGAGUGCCUUCGCCACGGCGCUCGCCCAGUUUUCCCCACAGAGCUGCGGUUGGCUCACAAUCGCCUGCAACGCGAACACGACGGAUCUCAGCAACGUCUGGAACAGCACCGCGUGCGCGCAGUACGCUCUGUGCGCUCAGAACGAACGGACACCCGCCGAGAUCCUCACUUGGCUUGGCGCCCCUGCCGACCAACCGCGUCUUACGCAAGACGCGUUCAACGGCUUGUCACAGGGUUCCGACCAGCUCACAUACAAUAGCUUGAGUGCGACUUACCAGGCUGCAGUCGCGGCUGCGGGCGGAACGUACAAUUCUGCGUCCGACGGCCCUGAACUCCAGAACCAGUUCCUCAUCGCCGCAGCUUGGACCAACAACUGCGAUGGUAGCAUCCCGUACACCAACCUCGCCGACUGGUUCGAGUACUCCUCGGUCGUCGGCGUCUGCCCCGCCGUCACGUCCUGCGGAAGCACGUACGCCGCCCUCAACACCCCCUGCGGCGCGCAGCCCGCCGAGGAUAACGGCUCGUGCAAGGAGCUCCUCAACCAGUGCGAGCUCUGGAUCACGCAGGGCGCGUGGCAGAACGAGUACUGCACCCUCGCCGCGCUGUGCUCCGGCGCCGCGGACGCGACACCCGACGUCAUGAUCCGCGAGGUCUACCCGACCUACGUCGGAAACACGGACAUCCCCACCGCCGCCUCGCUCGACCGCCUCAGCAUCGACGUGUUCAACAACAUCACGGGCGGCGCGAGCACGAUGUCGCUGCAGAACGCGAUCGACGCGUACUACGGUGCCUUGACUAACACCUGGGGCAGCGAGGGCGGACCCUUUGGCGCCGAGUCGCCGUAUCAGACCGGCAACAACGGGCCGUACCCCACGUCGUCCGACUAUGUUACGGACUUCUGGACGUUGGUCGCCGCGUGGACCGGUAACUGCGACUCGCUCGAGGUUCCGUACGACAACCUCGCAGACUGGCUCCAGUACUCGUCGGACAGCAACUACCACCCCACUUGUUAAGGGACGAAACGCUUUCCGCUGGACUUGGUUUGGACUUUCGUGGUUUCACGCUGAAUUGACACUCUUAUACCUUUAUUACUUGGUUAUCUCCUAUUACUGUACGUGGACUCUGGUUUCGAUGUUCGCUUUGGGACGUUGGUAGUUUUUGUUGAUCUAUGAGUAAGGACUUGACUUAGUGUAUCAUGACAUUGUUAUAAUCGUACACAGCUUAACAUCGCGGAUGGUACAUUAGUAGGCAACUAGAAUCUAAGGCCGCGCAGCGCAGCCAAGUGUUC